GUAGCCUCGUCAGUUGUUAGUCAGACGUGAAAAAAAAAAAAAUUUUCCCACGUGUUUACAUUCGAGUCUAUUAUAAGUCAUCGAUUUUCUUUUUAUUUGAUAGAUUAAAUUUUUGAACUAUUGCAAAUUCUCAAUGGAGACACGAGAUACGAUUUUGUAUUCAGUCCAUAGUGACAAUUUCCUUUGUGUUCGAUCUACAAGUGGUUAAUAAUUUUCCUUUUAUCUCUGAAUGAAGGAGCUUUGUCACGUGAAGUCAAGUCAGCCACCGUUUAUCUAUUAAAAUUAGCAAAACAGAUGUCUUUCGUCGAGUGAUAAUGAUUAGCCGCGGAAGCGUUCUCAGUUUUCGCUGAUCCAUGAUUCAUUCGACGGCCACCGCUGGACGUGUACGUUUCUCCGCUUUUCCCGUUAUCGCCCGAUCAGAAGUCAGUCUGUCUAUCAGUGUGCACGCAGUGGUCGUGCAAAAUAUAUUUCAAACUCGGUUGGUUUUCAAUUUUUUCAAAGUGUACGUUCACGGGAGGCGAACAAAGAGUUGUGUGAUUCGAGUGUCGACGUUGUUCCUCUUCACACGUUGGUUUGAAUGAACUUUGGGAAUGCGGGUUGUGGCCCGUCGCUUUUUCUCACCGUCAAUUCAGUGGAUGGAAUCGUUCUGAAUCGGCGCUGAAGAGCAAGACGGUCAGGAUGCUGAGCAGCUUGGCAAACUAUUUACUUGGAGGUAAUAUCUCCGGCGCGCAGGAUUCACGGGAAGGUUCCAAUAAUGGAACCCCGGAGUCUCUUCCAGUACUGGCGAGGCUCAGUCAGGUGGAGGUCGAGGGCGAGGACUGGAUCCUCAUUGACCGAGCAGUUGAGGGUGCGACGGCGCUGGAGGAGUCGUGGUACGUAACGCCACCCGCAUGUUUCACACGGGCGGGUCCCGUGAACGUGGAAACUUCACCGUUCGAGGAUCUGCUGAUCGAGCAUCCCAGCAUGUCCGUGUACCGAGCCACAGUGUCGCCGGUCGCCCCCGACACCCCACCGCCCACGCCUGACGCCCCGGAAGUCCAGGACGUCGGAGACGAAGACGUCCUCCAGGACCUCGCCGCCGAUCGACCCUCCCCACCGACCCGAACGCCCGCUGCCUCGCCCGCGGAACGCGGUCCUAGAAACAGGACCGAGAGACCACAGGCGACACCCAGCAGACCUGCCAUCCACGACGGCAGACCCGCCGCGGACAGGUCGAGGACCGAGAAGAGGCUAGUCCAACUUCGGUCCUCUGCGCAAAAGGUAAUUCAUUAUUCCUUAAUUAUUAUAUGUAUAUAAGCUAUCCAUUUUUCA